AAACAUACGUAGACUGUACAGAGCUCGCAGCCUCGCUUUUAUCCAACUCCUCCGACACUUAUUGAGGAACCGCAUUUACAAGACGGCUGUAAAAGAUGGAUAACUUAUAGUGAAUCAACACGGAUACAUAAAGUGGAUACUUUACCUGCGACUGUUUUCUCCUCUGGACACUCCUUGUGUUAUUUUUUUGCACUGGAUGUGGACCGAGUUCAGCAGGGAUCCCAGUAGACAUUCCCUGGUGGUCUGUGUUUAGGAAAUGGCAACUGCUCUCAGUGGCCGAAACCCAGGUGGACGUGGACCAAAUCGAAGUAAGGGUCGGAUUUUAGGCAUCAUUGAUGCUAUUCAGGAUGUAGUGGGGCCCCCAAAACAAGCUGCUGCUGACCGGCGGACGGUAGAGAAAACAUGGAAACUCAUGGACAAAGUUGUUCGCCUCUGCCAAAAUCCCAGACUCCAGCUGAAAAACAGUCCUCCGUACAUCUUGGAUAUCUUACCUGAUGCCUACCAACACCUACGACUUAUACUGGGCAAAUAUGAGGAGAACCAGAAACUCACACAGCUCAGUGAGAAUGAAUACUUUAAAAUCUACAUUGAUAGCCUUAUGAAGAAAUCCAAACGGGCCAUUCGGCUCUUCAAAGAGGGAAAGGAGAGGAUGUACGAGGAGCAGUCACAGGACAGGAGGAACCUGACCAAGCUGUCUCUGAUCUUCAGCCACAUGCUGGCUGAAAUCAAAGCCAUCUUCCCUGGAGGACAGUUCCAGGGAGACACCUUCAGGAUCACCAAAGCUGAUGCCGCCGACUUCUGGAGGAGAUUCUUUGGAGAAAAGACGAUAGUGCCAUGGAAAGUCUUCCGACAGUGCCUUCACGAAGUGCAUCUCAUCAGCUCGGGGCUGGAGGCCAUGGCCCUCAAAUCCACCAUUGACCUCACCUGCAACGACUACAUUUCUGUUUUCGAGUUUGACAUCUUCACGCGGCUCUUCCAGCCAUGGGGAUCGAUCUUGAGGAACUGGAAUUUCCUGGCGGUAACUCACCCCGGCUACAUGGCCUUCCUCACCUACGAUGAAGUCAAGGCUCGACUGCACAAGUACAUCAACAAGCCUGGCAGUUACAUCUUCCGUCUGAGCUGUACACGGCUGGGUCAGUGGGCCAUCGGCUAUGUGACCAAUGACGGCAACAUCCUGCAGACCAUCCCCCACAACAAACCGCUGUUCCAAGCCCUCAUUGAUGGCUGCAGGGAGGGCUUCUACUUGUUUCCUGAUGGUCGCAGCUACAAUCCAGACCUCACUGGCUUGUGUGAACCAACGCCUCACGAUCACAUCAAGGUCACACAGGAGCAGUAUGAGCUGUACUGUGAGAUGGGCUCCACCUUCCAGCUCUGUAAGAUCUGUGCCGAGAACGACAAAGACGUCAAGAUUGAGCCUUGCGGUCACCUUAUGUGUACUUCCUGUCUCACGGCUUGGCAGGAGUCGGACGGCCAGGGUUGUCCAUUCUGUCGCUGUGAGAUCAAAGGCACAGAGCCCAUCAUUGUGGACCCCUUUGACCCACGAAAUGAGGGCACCAAGUGCUUCUUCCUGGACCAGCACAGCUGCCCCAUGCUGGAGUUAGAUGAGGAGGAGGACAAAGAGGACUGCCUGGUCAUGAAUGGGCUGGCUAACAUCAGGAAGCACUGUGCCGAGCGCCAGAACUCCCCCAUGGUGUCUCCCAGUUCGUCGCCUGUCAGUCAGCGCAGAAAAGCCCACGGAGGAGACCCCAGCCUCUGCGUCCAACACCUCAGCCUUCCUCCCGUCCCACCGCGGCUCGACCUCAUCCAGAAGGGCGCCAUCCGCUCUCCAUCUGCCAGUCCCACUGGCUCGCCGAAGUCCUCACCAGGCAUGUCCAGGAAGCAGGACAAGCCGCUCCCUGCCCCUCCACCUCCCCAGAGGGACCCGCCCCCACCACCUCCUCCUGAACGUCCUCCUCCCAUCCCCCCAGAGACACGCCACUCCUGGCUCCCCAACUCCUCUUCCUCGUCCUCCUCAAUCUCGUCUUCUACCAGUGCACUGUCGGACUCCCAGAUGCUCUCCGAAACGCGUUGUCCCAAAGACAGCCAUUUGGCAGACGCCCAUCGGACUGGAGUUGACCACCCAGGCCAGCUUGGGCCUCCUGGCUCUUCUCACCUGAAUGGAAGACCCCUCAGUUGUCCAUCUGGUGGUUUUGGGAGGUUGCAUCACAGAAUGGAGGGCUUAGGCAGUUCAGACAGCUCUAAGCCCUUCUCCAAUGGUCUGCAAGUCGGAGAUGAGUAUGACAUCCUUCCUUCACGGCAUUCACCACCUCAAUCCUCUCUUGGCUGUAGUCACAAAUCCCUGAACCCUUUCAGCAGCGCCAUGCCAGAAAGACAGAGAGGAAUGAUGGAGAGGGCAGAAGAUGAAUAUCAGAUCCCGUCAUCCAACCUCUGCCUGAGUCAAGCUCCCAUCUGCAUCUCUGUUCCCAACAGGCAUUUGGAGAAUGGUUCUCCUGAGCCCUCCCUGGAUGAAAAGAAGCUCAAGCCUCCUGAGCAAGGUGGGCAUUUUGAGUCGGUCAGGGCGUUAGUCUCCGGGGCGCCGCACUCUGUUUUCUGCCCCUUCAACAGCAACAAGACGCCCUCCGACUACGACAUUCUGCUGCCCCCUCAAGCCGUAGAGGAUCCCUUCAACAGCCGCCCGCCAUCGCAGCCUCCUCCUCCUCCUCCUCCAGUGCGACACAGCUUCACGGACCUCUCCUCCUCCUCCUCCUCUUCGUGCUCCAACUCCUCCACUUCUUCCUCCGCCAUUUCGCGACCCCACAGGCCUUCCUCUGGACACGAACACUUGCUGUUAACCCCCGACACGGUGUUUGACAUGCUGAACAGCGCUGCGCCUCUGCCUCCGGUCAGGAGACAGGCGGGAGAAAACGCUAAAGCCCCGUCCAGAGGCUGCCUGGAGUACGACCAUUUACCAGCCAGCCAAGUAUCGACGGAGUGCUUGCAGGCCCCCGCCAGGCCGCCCAAGCCGCUGCCGAGGAAGAUUCCUCCUGACGUCCAGCCAGGCAAACCUCACAGCCUGGAGUCAGUCAGCGAGAGCGUGGAUGCCAAGAUCGCCAAGCUGAUGGGGGAGGGCUACUCCUUCGAGGAUGUCAAGCGGGCACUAAUGAUCGCGCAGAACAAAGUCGACGUGGCUCGAAACAUUCUGCGAGAGUUUGCCUUAGUGAACCCAAGAGUCAACCUCUAGUCCUAGAGACAGCAUAGGGGGAGCGCAACCAUGACGCGGUGCCUCUGAAUAAACUGACUAAUAAAAGGGCUUCUUCACAUCUACUUGGACUGUUGGAGCAACAAUGAUCGGGGAAGAAAAAAAAAAAAAAAGAAAGAAAUUACAGAGGGAGAAUUCGCCUUUCGUUGCCGAACAGAGAUGACGACGCACAACAACGUGGCUAAAACCAAACCAGAAUUGUGGCAGAAAAAACACAACAAGGCAGAGACACGUUUCUGUGAAUGAUGACAUUGCUUCAACCUGUGAAAUAAAAGAACCUGGCUUGUUGUUUACAGUGAGCUUUGCCGGUGCUGGCUUCUGGUUUUCAAAUGCUCCUGUUUCCGGGGUGUGUCCCGGGGCCCGGACCUUCCCCCUUGUUUUUUGAAGUCCUGACCCUGCUACUGCUGCUACUGUCCCUCUCUCACGUCCUGCCGCCCUCCUGUAGACCUUGGGUUUGAAGGGUCUUGCAACAAGAACAAGACAUUUGCAGCUCUCAAAAGGCUCAGCAGCAGUGCUUGGUGAUGCUUACAUGUGGGGUCAUUUUUAUUUACAGCCAGUGGGGGGAGCCAGACUCCAACGUUAUGCGCUUUUCCACUCAUGCCUCUCUUCCUCCUUCUUUACUGUCUCUGCCUUUCUCUCAUGUUCUCCUAUUUACUGCCUGUUGUUUCAGCUCCUUACUCCUACUCUUGCCUGAUAUAUCCCCCAUUAGAGAAUUCUCUGAGAAUAUGCCCGGAGUCUGCCUGACUUGUAGGUCUUAACAAGGUCUGGUGUGUUGGGAGCAGAGAGCUGGAGCCAGAGGAUGCCUUAUUGAUUCACUGGUUUUCCCUUAGACCAGGAGAAAACUCCUGUUACACUUGGUAUCUUAUUUGGGCAAGAAGAGGGGAGAGAAAUGUUGGUGGGUGUUGUAGGUUUAUCCUUUGUUUCUGUUCCUAGACUGGAGGGUUAAUCAGCUGGGGCCUUUUUUGUGGGCUUAAUUACUUUCUCCAUCCGAGGACGGCAAGCCUAUGAAUGUAUUUGUUCUGCAUGAGUGAGCUAUAGCGUUGUACACUCGAGUUCCUCUCAGGCCCAUUUCUGCUCUUAAGUGAUUACGAUGUAAGAAAUACUGAUACUUCCAUUUGAGUUUUUAUGUGCCAAAAAAGGCAGAGAGGAUCCAGUAAUGCUGUAUGUGUGUGUUUGUGUGUGUGUAUGCGCGUGCCUGCAUCGCAGAUCAAGCAUUUAAACGAUGGGAGCUGAAACUCUUCUGUAUAUCAAUGAGCCAGACAUUGUCUGGUACAGCCUUGAGAUGACGUGCUCUUCAAUCUUCACAGCGGCACCGUGUCCUCGUGAAUUACACAGCCAUAAUACGGCGAAAGCGCUGUUGUUGAUAUUCUCCAAACGUCUGAGGAAUCCGUCUCAAUCUGAUUCGGUGUGAAUGUCACUCGACAGCCGCGCAGUAAUUCUGCGUUCUCACUGAUGCAGAGGCGUUUGUGUUUGCUCAGCCACAAUAGAGACGGACAAAAUAGGGAGCUCUGUGUAUGUUUUAGUGGUAAUUUAUGCACCAAUGGACCCUUUUAGAAACCAACAGCGACUUGCAGAGCGUGCAGGCUGUGAGAGUAGAAACCUAGGCCAUCACUGUGGAGUGCAGGGGAACUUAAACCCCCUUACCUCUGAAGCUGGAAUCAGUUUUAUUUCUCCCCACUGACUGCAACAUGUCUCCUCCACACCUCGACUGGACUUGUUGAAAUGUACAGACGGGUAACAAAUGAAAGGAAAAAUUAGCAUAGUGUGUGUCUUAGUGAAGUGUUGGACCACCACAAGCCACCCGAGCAGCUUAUUAGCUCAUUAGCAUUGAUUCUCCAAGUCUCUGGAACUCUGCUGGAGGGAUGGAGCUCCACUCCUCCAAAAGAUACUCCUUCAUUUGGUGUCUUGACGACGGUGAUGGAGAGCGCUGUCCACAGGCUGAUUUAUGCUCCACUUUGUGUUCACGGUGCACAAACGGCACAAACGGCGCGACACGGCGUGUGUGUGAACGUCAGGCCGGUCACGGUUCUUGCAGUUGAAACAGCUGGAACGAACAGACUGUGCCGUAUGAUUUCCGCUGGUUAGUCAAGGAAGUGAUGUAUCAGUAAAGUCCCAUCCAGUCCUGCUGGUCACGUUGUUCCAAGAACUCGCACAAGCUCUGUUUUCACCGCCGUUCAGCGCCAUUCAGGCCGUAAGUGCAUUAUCCUGACGGACACUGUAGUGAGCAUAAAUCAGCCAUGACCCAUCGCUCCAGAAUCUCCUAUAGGUGUUCAGCUGAGUUGAGAUAUGGUAACUAACAUAAUUUUCAUCCUCAUCCAACCAUUCACUGAGCCCUUACGUAGGUUUUGCCUUCAAUUUGUGACCUGUCUGUAUUAUAACGCCAUUCCGUAUUGCAUUGUUUUAUAAAUGUUGGGUGUAAUAUGCAAACUACUGAUAGAUCUGUGUCAGGCCAUGCUCCAGUUAAAGGACCAUACCGGUGAUUUUGCAUGUUUCUGCCAGUCAUAUUUUAAAAUUUUUACUCCCUUUAAUCCAGCCGUUGGUUUUCAUUCUUUCCAACUUUCUUCACACCAGUAUUCUUUCGCUCUAAUGAAGCCCUCCACAAUAGUUUUCCUAAAAGCAGCAGCACUGUUGUGUUUUGAGUGAGACGGUCCCUCGGCCAGAAAUGAGUCCCUGGGGAAACGUUUGCUUUUGCUGUCAACUCUGUGCUUUACGAACGUUGAUGACCUAGACAGCCACAGAAGCAGAACAUGAUAAGGCGGACGUUUGUACCAAAAAUUCAAAUUUGAAAAUCGAGGGAUUUGAUUCUGUGUUGUGAAAUCACGAUUUGCAAAACGGUUUGCUGCGAUGUAAACCAUGGCCAAACUUUCAGAAUCACUGGUACGGUCCUUCAAGGUCCUCUUCAGGUUCACGUCGCUGAUGUGAACCUUUGACGACCUGUGGCUGAGGGUUACGGUCACUGUAGCCGUAAGUAAAGUCACACACAACGGCCCGCUAGCAGAUGUAUGACAAGUUUCGUCCACCAACUCUCCUCUUUGAUGUCGUCGUUACUGCACUGCUAACACAGGCGAAUGAAACGAUGAUCCCCAAUAGUACCGUUACGCACCGCUCACUGCCACGUCAAAAUGUGCCCGUGAAGCAGAGCGAGUCUGAAACCUAACAGGGGAAGCAGUGAUGUGCGUCCACACCACUUCAUCCCACGCUAUCUUGAAGAAAGCCAGCCAUCUUAACCGGGGUUCUCAUAAUCGGAGUGUGAGCUUGCCGGUUAUUGCAACCCAGUUACGAUGUUUACAAGCCAAGUUGAAGAAGUGAAUUCUCCCGUCAUGGAAGAAUUGACUAAGGGUGAUGCUGCACCACGAGAGGAGGCAAUCUACAGCAGGAGGCAGAAUGGACAGGACACAUGUUCAGCGUGUUUUUUUGUCUUUUUUCUCCCAGUCAUCUGGUCGGUGUACCGGAUACGGAGUGGGCAAAGCCGCUGUUUGGAGUCCAGUCUGGGCUUCUGCAAUGUGCCGCAUUUGCCGCAAUGAAUCAGUCCCGUUUGCUUCACCCUUUAGAAUUGGAUAAAGACGAUAACAAAAAAGUUGUUUUCUUCUUUCAACGCCCUCCCAUCACCACCCCGCUUCCUUUUUCUUUUUUUUUCUUUUUUUUUCUUUUUUUUUUUUUUGAGCAGCACUUUAAAGGGGAACACCACUGUAGUUUAGAGUUUACAGAUUGUAUUCUUAAGGCCUAAGACAGUCCAAUGAGAAUUUGUGAUUAUGAGCAAUGCCGUCUGAAAGGAAGAAGUCAGAGAGCCAAGACUCUAAUCUCUGUUAUCAUCCACUGUGCAGACGGAGGUUCAGAAAACAGUCUAAUCCAGUGCUGAGCAUCCAUAAAAAGUGUGUCAGCAACAACAAAAACAGAAAACAUACAUAAAAAAACAUACAUAAUUAAGAACUUACAUAAUGGCUAGUCAUCGGCUCAGGAGCUUUAUCUGCUCCCCUGACAAUGGGAGAUGGAAUUUCUGGACUCAUACAUUUUUUUUUUUGUUUUCCAAAUGAGGUUUAUAUUAUAGUGGUGCUAUCUGUUGUAAACCAGAGAAUAUACCCUGAUCCUCACAAAGCAAUUUCCAGUGCUGUGUUCAUCUUUCCUAUCUUUCCUCGUACUUUGAAGCUGACAGAUUGUUGAAACUCUUCUGCAUUAUUUCUGUGAGACCAACCACAUCAGAGCACAGGAAUAGCACGUUUCACAGCUGAAAUUCAGUGGCAUUCCCCUUUAACUUGGAGCUUCACUUUGCACUGGUCUGUUUUCUUUGUUUUGUUUUGUUUUUUUUUUUUUCCCCCUCAAAUUUGAAAGUGUCUGAGCUGAGAACGGGCAGUUCCAUUGGACUCCCUCGCCAAAGGGGGUAAAGUGGCCUUAGGUUGCAAAGGGCAGUUUUUAUUUUCUAAUUCCUUUUUAUUAUUAAUGUGGUUCAGUGACGAAUACUGUGUUGAUAAAUGUGUAAAGCAUAGAGUAAUGUGCAAUUAAUUUAUACAUUAUUAAUGCCUUUUUCUUGAUAUGUUAUUUUCAUGGAUAAUUAAAUAAAAAAAAAAAGUCAUGA